CUGGGCGGUCACGAUCGCCAUGUGGUUCUUUUUGUAUAUUUUCUUGGCCCUGCCGCUGCUGGUGGUGGCUUAUCUGGAGCUGUGCACCUUCCGCCGCCGAAGAGUGCUGAGGAAGUUCAAUGGCCCUACCGGUCUGCCCAUCAUUGGAAAUGCCCACCAGACGGGCAAGAACCCCUCAGAGAUUCUCGACCAGAUCUUCGCCUGGUGGCAUGAAUUUGGCAAGGAUAACUUCUGCUUCUGGAUAGGAACCUACUCCAAUCUGCUGAUAACGAAUCCGAAGUACUUGGAGUUUAUACUCAGCAGUCAGACGCUUAUCUCAAAAUCCGACAUCUACAAUCUGAUACAUCCCUGGCUGGGACAGGGCCUGCUGACCAGUACUGGCAGCAGGUGGCACAAGCACCGAAAGAUGAUCACGCCGUCCUUCCACUUCAACAUACUGCAGGACUUUCACGAGGUGAUGAACGAAAACUCCAACAAGUUCGUUAAGGUGUUGAGAAAGGUCGCCGCUGGGGACAACAUCUUCGAUUUCCAGGAUCAGGCCCACUACCUGACCUUGGAUGUUAUCUGUGACACGGCCAUGGGAGUGUCCAUCAAUGCCAUGGAGAACCGAAACUCAUCCGUUGUGCAGGCUUUCAAGGACAUGUGCUACAACACGAACAUGAGAGCUUUUCACCCUCUGAAGCGCAAUGAGUUGCUGUAUAAACUGGCUCCGGACUAUCCCGCGUACUGCAAGACCCUCAAGACCCUAAAGGACUUUACCAACGAAAUCAUUGAGAAGCGUGUGGCGGCCCAUAAAUCGGGAGCAGUUAAUAGCAACCAAGGGGAUGAGUUCUCCCGCAAAAAGAUGGCCUUUCUGGAUACCCUUCUCUCGUCUACCAUCGAUGGUCGUCCUUUGAGCUCCCAAGACCUGUACGAGGAGACCUCCACUUUUAUGUUUGAGGGACACGAUACCACCACAUCCGGAGUGUCCUUUGCAGUCUAUUUGCUCUCUAGACAUCCAGAAGAGCAGAGAAAACUAUUUAAGGAGCAGUGUGAGGUAAUGGGAGCUUCUAGUCUGGAUCGGGAUGCCACUUUCCAGGAAAUCUCCCAAAUGAAGUACUUGGAUCUCUACAUCAAGGAGGCUCAGCGCCUCUAUCCCAGUGUGCCCUUUAUUGGCCGCUUUACAGAAAAGGAUUAUACGAUUGAGGGCACUCUUGUUCCCAAGGGCACAACACUCAACUUGGCGCUAGUGGUUCUUGGCUACAACGAGCAGGUGUUCAAGGAUCCCCACAAAUUCCGACCAGAGCGCUUUGAAGAGCAAAAGCCCGGACCCUUCGAGUAUGUGCCAUUUAGUGCUGGUCCCCGGAACUGUAUUGGCCAGAAGUUUGCCCUGCUCGAGAUCAAGACUGUGGUGUCCAAGAUUAUUCGCAACUUUGAGGUGCUGCCGGCUCUAGAUGAGCUGGUCUCCAAAGAUGGCUAUGUGAAUACCACACUGGGCAAACCACCUGCCGAGAGGAAGAAGCUGGAUGCUAAUCGUCAUAAAUAUGAUCCCAUUCUGUCCGCCGUGCUGACUCUUAAGUCCGAGAAUGGUCUUUAUAUUCGCCUAAAGGAGAGGCAUUAGGGCUUGUAUAAAUCUCUGGGACUCUCUUAGAGAGCUCGCGAAGUUCUCUUUGUUAAGUUUACGCAGUCUGUGAGAUCGGUGCUUGGAGUUUACCUUUUUCGUCUGCCCCACAGAAGCAAUUAAUAGGAAUCUGUUAAUCUGGGGCAGUGAAACAAAUAAACAAAUUAAAAAAUAAAUGUUCAUUAACAUGUCUUACCAGGGAUCGUAACCAUUAUAUACUAAAAUAAAAAUGUACUUAAUAAUUAUA